GCGGGCCAUGCUGGCCGUCCAGGGAGCGGCGAUCCUGGCGCUGGUCGCCGGGCUGCCGUGGGUGCGGGCCGGAGGCGCAGGGGAAAACAGUCUAGAAUCUCCUCAGAACGUAACAGUCGACAUCAUCGAUGACAACUUUACCCUGAUGUGGAGCAGCCCCAAGUCUGCCAGGAAUGUGACUUAUUCAGCAGAGUAUCAAAUGCAUGGAAUAAAUAAUUGGUUGGAUUUGCCUGGGUGUCAAUAUGUUACUGGUACCAGAUGCAACUUUUCUUCCCUCAAGCCAAAUGUCUAUGCAGAAAUUCAUUUGCGUGUAAGAGCAGAAAAAGGAAACAGCACUUCCCCAUGGUGUAAAGUGUACUCGUUUGUACCUUUUAAGAAAGCUCAGAUUGGUCCUCCAAAGGUACAUUUAAAAGCUGAAGAUAAAGCAAUAAUAAUAAACAUCUUUCCUCCUGGAACAAAAAAAAGUAUCAUGUGGGCUACGGAUAGUAACAGGUUUAUAUACCACUUGGUCAUCUGGAAAAACUCUUCAAGUAUGGAAGAAAGGACUCAAACUGUUAAUUCUGAAGAUAAAAUUUAUAAACUCUCACCAGAGACUACUUAUUGCUUAAAAGUCAGAGCACACUAUAAAUUUGGUCCACGGAGCAAAAUUGGUUUAUAUAGUCCAGUAUAUUGUAUAAAUACCACAGUUGAAAAUAAACUGCCUCCACCAGAAAAUCUAAGAAUCGAGGCUAAAAAUCACAGCUAUGUUCUUAAGUGGGAUUACCUGUAUGAAGGCAUGACCUUUCAAGCUCAGUGGCUUUUUGCCUACUUAAAAAGGUUUCGUGGGAGCCUUUCAGAUAAAUGGAGACAAAUACCGGCCUGUGAAAAUGUCAGAACAACCCAGUGCGUCUUUUCUCAACAUGGUUUCCCAGAAGGAAUGUACUUUGUCCGUGUGCAAGCAUCUGAUGGAAAUAAUACAUCUUUUUGGUCUGAAGAGAAGCAAUUUGAUACUGAAAUACAAAUUGUCAUCUUCCCUCCGGUCAUCACCCUGAAGCCCAUCAGCAAGGAUUCUCUGCAGGUCUAUAUCAGCGCCCCAAAAGAUUCAGAAAACAGGCCAGUGGACCAGUAUUACACCUUCAUUUAUGAAAUUGUCUUCUGGGAAAAUACUUCAGAUGCUAAGAGCACACUCCUGAAGAAAGCUGAUUUUACUAUCCCGAACUUGAAAGCGCUGACCGUAUAUUGUGUCAAAGCCAGAGUCCUCGUGGAAGAGGAGAACAGAACCAGCGUCUUCAGUGGUACUAUGUGUGAGAAAACGAUGCCAGGAAAUACUUCCAAAAUCAGAAUGAUAGUUGGAAUUUGCACCACAUUACUUUGUAUCCCAAUUGUCAUCUGCUUCGUGAUAGUCCUUUUGAAAUGUAUCAAGUAUGUGUUCUUCCCAUCAAGUAAACCUCCGUCUGCUAUAAAUGAGUAUUUGUCUGAACAACCCUUGAUGAAUCUACUCCUUUUCACUUCGGACGAACAAACUGAGAGAUGUUUUAUCAUUGAAAAUUCAAACACUGUCACUCCAUUAGAAGAAAAUAAUCAAAGUAAUGAAGGUUACAAACAGUACAGUUCCCAAACUAGUGAGGAUUCUGGAAACUAUUCUAAUGAAGAUGAAAAUAAUGACAGUAAAACAAGUGACGAAUUUCCACAACAGGAAGCCCUGUGGCCAGCAGUGAACUCGAAGGUGCUGGGGAGUCUGGGGGAGAUCCAUAUGGACCCUGAGUUCCCUGCUCCACUCAGUAACUGCUAAGAGGAGAUUUGCUGGUGGGAGAAGAAAACAUCUUCAGCUUAUAGAUGCUGGAAAUACAGGCAAGCACUUAACCAUUUGCUGAUAAAGUUACAGGAAUUUGGGCAAAAAGUUUAUUUUCCUGUGUUCUGGAAGAAAGGCUUGUCAUGAGUCCUGUCUCUGAUGAGUUAAAUCCAGAUGAUGCCAUCCUUUUUUCUAAUGCCAGCUUUUAGAUACAUUAUAUUACCUGUAUUACAGCAACAAUGACAUAUACAAAGCAUUGUAUAUGAUUUGGGCAGAAGGCACACACAGUCGUGUGUCCGCACAGCCCACCCCUCCGGCUGAGGUCACCGGAGCGCCCUGUGCCGUUCUGUGGCAAGGGCCACGCUUGUGCUUCUCGGCCGGUUACGGCCCUGCUGGCCACGGCAGCUGGCAUCCAGCCGCCUCAUCCCCAGUAUUGAGGUUCAUUAUUCUUCAGGAGGCAUUUAGAACAUUUCGUCUGUUCUUUUGACAUUGACAUAGGCCCUUAAAAAAUUUCUUUAGAAAAGCCUGAUAAGUACUAACACCUGAUUUUCUGGAAAAUAGCUUUCUCAAGAAGAUAGCACAGAUGCCAGAAAUGUGACCCUUAAAAACUUGCAGGGGCAUUAUCCAUUUAUCCCAAGAACACUGACGCCUGUGCCCCAGCUGCCUGUCCUGUCCAGAUUGGGAAUAAAGCCAGGUCACCUUUUACUGCGUGGGAAGCCAUCCUGAUGCAGAACGUUAGGACGGAAGCUUCUUAUCAGGCGCUCAGGUUAUGGGGAAAUGAGUAACGCCCUCGUUGAAGAAGUUACUGGUAUGUUUAAAACAGGGAUGGCGAUGUCAAGGUUAGUCACAGGGUAUAGGACCGGCAAACGGGGCUGAAAUAACAGACAGAGGAAGAACUGGAAUAACAGAAUAGGGAAAAGUAGACGACCUUCAGGAAACUGGGACUAUGAAGACUCAGGCGCUGACACACGAAGGGGGUACUUAUUUUUAUGGCUUAUCUCCGUCGUUUUUAAUACCAGGCCAGUUUCUCUGUCUAGAAGUAUCCAGGUCCCCCUUCUACACAGCCAGCAUGGGCUCAAGAAAAUGCACAUUAUUUAUUGUCAUGGUAAGGGACACAUUAACUAGGAAGGAAAAUCUCAUUUUAAAAAUUAGAUAAUGUUCUCCAAAGGCACCCAUAGCUUAUUUUUAAACUACUUAAUAUUUGCGGUGUUCGUGGCUAGCCUUAAUAGGAAGGGAGAGUAGGUAUUUUGGUGGCUUCUCAGGCAAAAAUCUCAACUUCAUUCAGUCGUCGCUGCCAGAUGGGGGAAAACGGAACGAAGCUGCGCCGAGCGUGCUGGGAGGCCUCCUUCCCGUCACCUUCAUCUCUGCCGAGGUGACAGGUUCCUCUGGUGGAAGAGAAGGUUGAAAGCCACUGACUGGGGAGGGCAGGGACCCUCCGCACAGACGCAGCUCUGCAGAGCAGGCCAAGCACUUUCCGCUGCCUGAGUCCAAGCUUCUAGACCAGCGUAGCGGGGGCCAGGGAGCCCCAGAGCCCUGUGAGAAUCCCGACAGUGACCCGCCUCUGACCAGAGACGCCUGAUUUGAAGCAGACUGCUGGGGGGCCCCACGUGCAGAGGCCCUCUGCGAAGUGUGACUCCUUCAGGGGAGACCAGAGGCGGCCCUGCCACUGCCGCCCCUCACACCGUGCAGCCCGGCAGCCUGUCCAGCACUUGAGCCCGAGACUCACCUCCGGAGACAAGAGGCCUCACACUGGACCUGAACCGAAACAGUCCUUCUGUGGGCUAUAGACGACGGAGCCCAGACGCUGAAGCUGGAAUGCACCAAAGAAAUGGGCAGGUCCCCGUGGUGUGGGGGUGUCAGGUCUUACAACCCUCUGGUUUUUGAUUAGUAAGCACCUGAGCAGCAGCAAACCAGCCAACUCCUCAUUUUUCCUUGUCUUCUGGCCGUGAAAAGGCAGUUCCACCCCUGCCUGCAUCCUGGUCCACACGGAGCGUCUUUGGGCUGCACCUGCAUGGAAGGUAGCAGGUGUCUUUCUGACUAGUUUACUUAGAAAUGCCUCCAAAUUAAAAUAUUUACAGAAACCUGUAGACUCUAAGAAUGUAUGUGAAAGGCGCAUAUCUUUGGAGCCAGACCAUGCUGGUUAAUGCACAUGGAAGUCCCAAUAGGGACCCAAACACACCUGCACACUCACCUCCUCUCGUGCACACACUGCAGUGGGGUGGGGGGCUGACACCUUUUUCUAAUUAGAAACGCUGCUUGGAUCUCAGAGCUGGAAAGUCCCAGAAAUCCCCAGGGUACACGCUCAGCAUUUAGAUCUUUUCUGCAAGAAAAGGUUGCUUGUAAGAGUUGGGAGCCUGUGCGGCUACUGUCUUCCUCCAGGGGGCCCUGUGCCCCCAACCUGCCAGGUAUUUGUUUUGCCUGGUGUCUGUCCCCCUCGAGCACAGGGACACCCCUCGUCACUGUUGCCCCAGCAGCCACAGCUGCGCCACACCUUGCACACAGGUGUGCAGAAGAUAACUCGGGUGGCAAAACCUAGAAUUUGAACCAAACAGUGUUUCUCACAAUGUUUGUGUGUUUUGUUGUAUUUUUAUGGAAGGAUAUAACCAUGUGUUUGAUGGUUUUAUACAAAAAAAAACUUUUGUAUCGUUUAUUUCAUGUAUACUUUUGGUUUAGAUGGUUUUUAA